UCAGUUUUUUGUAAAGUUGCUCUGAAACACCACUCUGAAGGAAAGAAACUCCGUUUGCAUAUCUCUCUCUCUCUCUCUUUCUCUCUCGCGCAGCUUACUGCAGGCAACUUAUCAUCCUACCUUAACCUUAUACAUAAAUAAAAAAAAACCCCACCUUUGCUGCUAUUCAAAACCUAAAAUCCUCAUGCACUUACAAUGACCAGCGUGCAACGAUCACAAGGGUACAAUUACGAGGACUAUGUACCAGUACAAAACAUCGUAUGUCCCAUUUGCGACAUGCCGUGCACGAGCCUGCAAGCCUUAAAUGUGCAUCUCGAUACCAAACAUACAGAAGAAGAUACUACUGGCGCACUACUAUCCUGGUUUCGCACGGCCCAUAAAAAAGUCCAAACAACACUCAACGCGUCCUCGUCGUCCUCUUUAUCUGUAUCCCCUCGCAGCCCGCCCUCGGGCAGCAGUAAUGGCAAUGCCGUCGAGCGCUCGUUGAAACAACUUAUUGACCCAGCAAUUAUGAACAGCUUCAGCAAUCUCAGUUUGGGAAAUGGAAGUCCAACCUAUUUUGCUUCUGACCAAGAUAGACAGAACGAAGUAUACGUGACUCGGGAGCAUUGGCAACGAGAAGGAAGCCACGACUCGUGUGCGCUACCAGGAUGUGGUAAACGAGCAGGGAAACAGCAUUGUCGUCAGUGCGGCAAGCUUUUUUGUGAUCCGCAUAUGCAAUAUGAAAUGAAAUUAGACGCGCAUGCAAGGCAUGAUCCAGAAAACGGUGUAUGGUGCCGUGUAUGUCGUGGUUGUUACAUUGGACGGCCGGAUUAUGUGGAGCAUCGUGGUGUAACCCGAAGCUUGACGGCGCAAUUCCUGAAAAAACGAUCAAAGACGAUUGAUCGUGUUCACUUGGAGAGUAAUCGAUUGGAAAAGCGGUUGGAAAAGCUUGCACGCAUUCAUCAUCAUGCAGAUACUGGAGGCAGUCCUCAUCGUAAUAGUAGCCCUAAUCCAUCUCUUGCGAGCUUAUCUCUCGAACGCACGGAAUCAACGUCAUCCAAAGAGAGUAGCCUUGGAAGUGUCAUGUCGCCAAGAUCAGGGUUUGUUUCGAAUGGCAACAGUAUUCUGAGCAUGAAACUCAAAUAUCGAGAUGGGGAACAGAGUGUGACCAAGUGGGAGGACGAUAAAUCAGUUGUUCAAUGUCCAUUGUGCGCGAGCACGUUCACUAUAACAAAUCGGAAGCACCAUUGCCGGUUAUGCGGUCGUAUUGUUUGCGGCAAUAUUAGAUGCUCCAAAAUGAUACCAUUAUUUAUAAAUAUGUCAUCAGAUUUCUUUGAUGAAGAGCCAGUGGGUGAUACCCGUGCAUGUCGCGACUGCCAACGUGCUGUGUUUAGACGCAAAUUACGCCACGAAGAAGCCAUGCACCCGAUGCCCAUUAUACAAUUAUACCACCAAUUAACACUUACUCGACAAAAUAUUGAGAAAUUAUUGCCACGAUUCCAUGAUAUCAUUCUCAUCAUAGACAAAGAAAAGAUAACCCAUCAAUCGAAAGAGACCUAUCAAACGGCUGCCAAGAUCCGCAAAUCAUUAUUGGACAGUUUUGCAUUGUAUGACACGCUCGCCAAAAGUAUCAAAACACUACCAGCUCGAUCGCCUUCUUUCCGACGAUUACAAGCCAACGUAUGCACAGCAGCAAGCAUGUAUCUACAACAAAAUAUGCUACCGCUUCAAAUGCUGCCACGGAUUCUCAAACCGGAAAAGCAUGCAACGAACGGUCAUCAUCAGCAUCAUAAAGCCAAUGGCAAGUCAUCGUCGUCGUCGUCAUCACCACCUUCGCCACCUAUGAAAAGACAAGACUUGUUAUUACAACUCCAAGCAUUCCAAGAACAAGAAAAGUUGGUGGAAGGGUUCAUUCGUGAUGCUCAACAUGCCCGCAAAUUUGACGACGUCAAAACUCUUAAAAUUAGCAUGGCUGAGCUGCAUGAUGAAAUAGCACGGAUCAGGUCGGAGCUUGGAGAAUAGUCAUUGGAAAAAGUCCUAGUGAGAGAUGUAAUUUUUUAUAUGUAAUGGUCUCUCAAUAUUACCACCACCCUCACCGAACAUGAGAACCUACAUUAGUAUCAUCUUUUUUCGUGUUCCCCACCUAUACUGUGUUUUACUAUAUUCU